AUGGAAAAUACAACAUCGGGAUCUUCCUCACCUUCAUUAUCUGCCUCUGGUAAUAACUAUGAAAACAUCAAAUCAAAGGCUUCUCCGUGGCUGGAGAAACGUCGUUCCAUGUCCUUGCUCCAUCGGAAUAUGAGUCUAGACGCGAAUUCUCCCAAUCAGCCAGUCUCUCCAAUUCCUGGUAAUUUUCCUUCAAGUAAGGGUUUGCUGAAUAUUGCUCUCGACAACAACUCGCCCCAGGGUCAUCCUUCUCAUUCGCUUCCUUCUUCAAGAUACCCUUCUCCACCAACAAGUCCUACUUUCCGAAGAGUUUCUGCAGUCUCAAAAUCAUUGUUCGAAGGCCUACCAGGGUUUAAACGAUCAUCACAAGAACAAUUCGAAUAUAUUCCUCCUAAAGAAGAUAAACAAAACUCUGUAAAAAAGAACAAACCUCUAAUCAAAGAGAUUGAGGAAAAGUCACUAAACGCUUCGAAAUCAUACAAAUUCUUUGAGGAAGUAAUUUUAAACCCUAAAUUAUCUGGAAAUCGCUUUAAAAGAAAGUCUGCUGUCUAUCAAUUGAAUUUAUUGUCAUCAGAAUCAGACACUGCAGAAAUCACAAGUCAUAGCAUGGAUGAAUCACCAGCAGACAAAUUUCAAAGACUAAAACAUGAAGUGGAUACGUUUGUUUCCGAAAUGGAAAACCUCUCAUUGUCCCAAAAGAAACUGCUUUCAGAAAGUACUUCGUUUUACAGAACUAUGUUUGAGAAGUCUCAAGAACUACAAAAACAGUUAGGUGCGCUCACAGAGAACAAACACAUUUUACCAGGACUAUUGUCUCAGAACGAGUUGGAAGCAAAUUCAUUACAGGUCCUUUCCUCUUUGGAUCAUGCACAACAGGCGAUGGGAAUUAUGUUUGAGCAGCAAGUAAAUCAAGCUACAAUUGACGAUGGAACCUUUGCAUUAUCUAAAUCCAGUGUUGAGGACGAGGAAACAUACAAAAUUUUGAGGCUUGAAAAACGGUUGGCCUUACUUGAAAAACUUGUUGGAAAUGGAGAAGAAUCCUUUCCAGGUGAGACUUCCAGCAUUGAGAGCGUGUUGUCAUCCCUAGAAAAGAAGCUUAACAUGCUUGAUCCAUUUUUGUUGCAAUCGCUAGAAUCAAGAGUGAAAUUUAUUUCAAAAGAACUGGAUACCAUUUCAACUUCUGAAAAUCAUUCAAGUUUCAACUCUGAAAAAGUGGAUAGUUUAUUUCAAAAAGUAAGCAAAUGGGAUGAGCUAGCAAAGCAGGUUCCAAUGAUUGUAUCUCGUUUACAAACUCUAAAAAUUGUACAUGAUGAAGCAAUUUACUUUGCAGGUACGGUUACAAAGCUGAAAGAACAACAAGAGGAGCUAAUGGAUCUUUUACAUGGAAAUGAGGACGUUUUGGCAAAUUUCAACCAAAAUUUUGCUGAAAAUCUCACAAUCAUUAAUAAUAACAUGAAAUCUCUUCAAGAGAGAAUUAAAAAUUUGGAAAAGAAAUAG